AUGUCCCAAAGAGGAGCAGCAGCAUGCAAAGCUGCCAGACCCCAGGACCAGGGAUGGGCAUGGAUGGUCCUGCUUGCUGCGGCGCUGCUGCAGGCGCUGACGCUGGGCUUCACCUCCUGCAUUGGUGUCUUCUUCACGGACCUGCAGCAUGACUUCCAGGCCAGCAACAGUGAGACAUCAUGGUUCCCAUCCAUCAUGGUGGCUGUGCUGCAUGGAGGAGGGCCUCUCUGCAGUAUCUUGGUGAAGCGAUUUGGCUGCAGGUUUGCCGUGAUGCUGGGAGGCCUGCUCAGCAGCGUGGGCAUGGUGUCCAGCUCCUUCUGCAAGUCCAUCAGCCAGCUUUAUUUAACAGCUGGCCUCAUCACUGGUCUGGGAUCAUGCUUCAGCUUCCAGGCAGGAGUGACUGUUCUGGGCUACUACUUUGUACGGUGGCGAACGCUGGCCAAUGCCAUGGCAUCCACUGGUGUCUCCGUCGGUUUCACGCUGUGGCCACUGCUUUCUCAAUACUUGCUGGAUGAGAUGGGCUGGAGAAACACUUUUCUUAUCUUUGGAGGAAUACUGUUGAACUGUUGUGUUUGUGGAGCCAUCAUGAGACCAGUUCAGCUUCCAUCAGGGUCACUGCUACAGUCACCCAAGCCUGGAGAGGAGCCAGGGAGAAGAGCAGAAGAGGCACAGCUGUCCAAUGGAGCAGCUUUCCACCCUGAGCUCCAACAGCAAACCAGAAGGACUGCAUGUUUCCACGUGCUGCAGAAGUACCUGGCUUUUGACAUCUUCUGUCAAAACAAAGGUUACCAGAUUUACACUAUUGGAGUGACCUGGAUGAUGAUGGGGUUUGCAUUACCCCAUGUCUACCUUGUGCCUUAUGCCAUCCAGAACAGGGUAGAGGAACGCAGGGCAGCCCUCCUUGUCUCCAUUAUCGGGUUCAUCAACAUCUUCAUACGCCCUUUGACAGGGCUGCUCUCAGGACACAGAGUCUUCACUGGGCGACGCAUCUACCUGUUCAGCCUGGCUGUGCUCCUCUGCGGGCUGAGCAACUUCAUUUGUGUCAUUUCAGCUGAGUACAGCGUGCUCAUCAUCUACUGUGUCAUCCUCAGUAUAGCCAUGAGCGGCGUUGGGGCGCUCACCUUCCAGGUGCUGAUGGAUGUGGUGGAGAUGGAGAGGUUCUCAAGUGCCCUUGGGCUCUUCACAAUCCUGGAGAGCAUCACUCUCCUCAUUGGACCCCCCCUCACAGGUCUCCUGGUAGACUUAACUAGUGAUUUCCACUAUGUCUUCUACACGUCCAGUUUCUUCCUUAUAUCAGCUGCAUUAUUCAUGGGGCUCAGCUUCUCCGCUCUGGAAAAAAAGAACAAACUGCAAGAGGCUUCAAAAGUACCUUUGGCUAAUCCCUCCAAAUAUCCAUACAACGAAAUGACAACUGAACCACGGUCUGAAAGUCAAUCCCCUCCAGCAGUCGUGUACAUCACAAGCAUAUGA